AUGGCUUCGAAAGGACUGGUCGAGAGUUGGACCGAGGAGGUAAUUUGUCCCGUUUGCCUGGAUUUCUUCACCGAUCCGGUUAUACUGGAGUGUGGACACAACUUCUGUCGCUGUUGUAUCACACGUUGUUGGGAAAGGGAGGAGAGAAACUCCUGCCCGGAAUGCAGAGAGGUGUUUGCUGACCGCACCCUCAGGGUGAAUCGGGCCUUAGCAAAUCUGGCUGAAAAAGCUCGAAAUAUAUACCUGAAUCCGAAAGGGAAGGAAAGUAAACUUCACUGCGAGGAACAUGAGGAAGAACUGAAGCUGUUUUGUGAAACGGAAAAAACACUGAUCUGUGUGAUAAGUGGAGACACGCAGGAACACAGAGAACACCGUUUCAUGCCGAUUAAAGAAGCUGUUAAAAUCUACAAGGAUCAGCUAAAAUCUUCCUUAGACUCUCUCACAAAAAAGAAAUCAGACUUCCAGGAAAAGGAGCAGCAACAGAAAGAGAAGAUUUCCGGAGUUCGGAAACAGUCACACAGCGUUCAGUCCCACAUCACAUCCCAGUUUGCUGAACUGCGCCAGACUAUCACUGAGAAAGAGCAGAGCUUACUCAGGGAUCUCAGGGAAGAAGAGAAGAGGAUUCUCAACCUAAUGGAGAAAAAUCUUCGGGAGAUUCAAGAGAAUAUAAGGAUUAUUCAGGAGAAAAUAUCAAAUUUUCUGCAACAGAUGGAUCAGAAAGAUGGUGUAUUAUUUCUCAAGGAGGAGGUUCGACAAAACAGGAGAAUCAGUGAUGAUGUCCAGGAAUUGUCAGUGAGAGAUGAGACCCUGCCGGUUGAAAAAUUCUAUCAUCCCUAUUUGUUGAACACAGUGCUGAGAGAAACACUUGAUGCUAUUAACCGAGUCUCUGUCACCCUGGAAGUGGAAACGGCGCAUCCGUGGCUCGAGGUGUCUGAGGAUCGGAAGAGUGUGAGAUUGACCCGGACCUGGAGGGAUCUCCCUGACACAGGGAAGAGAUUCACAGACCGGGCUUGUGUGCUGGGAUCGGAGGGAUUCACAUCGGGGAGACAUUACUGGGAGGUGGAGGUGACGGGGAUUCGUGUCUGGUGUCUGGGGGUCGCCGCAGAAUCUGUGGAGAGGAAGAGAUGGUGCAGACUGAGUCCGGAGACCGGAUUCUGGGUCAUCGGGCGGUUUGGUGACGUGUUACAUCGGGAUUAUGACGUGUUCGGUGGUUCCCCCUCCCCCGAGUCCCGUCUCGCUGCCGGUCCCAUCCCCGGGAGGGUGGGAGUUUAUCUCAGUUACGAGUCCAGGACAGUUUCAUUUUACAACGCGGAGACCAAGUCCCAUCUCCACACCUUCACUGGGAAUAAAUUCACGGGGAAACUUUAUCCUUUCUUCCGGACUGGGAAUGUAAACCAGUGGCUGAGAAUCUGCUCCGGUUCCGCUCCGGGUCUGUAAACAGGUCGGGUCCUGGGACCGGCGUCAGGAGUAAAGACCCUGUAAAUAUAAAUGUGCGGGGAAUGCAGCUAAAUACGUGGCUAAGGAGAUGGUGCAGGGGAGAGGGCUUCAUGUUUCAGGACAAUUGGGCUUUGUUCCCGGGAAGGUGUGGCCUGUUCCGACGGGACGGUUUGCCCCUGAACUGGAGUGGGACUAACAUCCUUGCGGGUAGA